CCUAGAUUCAACGCCUAAACUUCUAAGCCAGUACUUCUAUAUUCUAUUCCCUCCAACUCAAUAAUUUUCUUAAUCCUUACCCAAUUUUAUACACCAAAUCAUUAACCCCAACCACCUUACACUACACCUCACAUCUUUCAGAUACAAGAAAACGAUGUUAGUAUACAUAUAUUUUAAAUCAUAACAAUAAUCAAACCACAAGAUGAUUAUUAUUAUUAUUAUUUAAUCAACAGACCCAUUUCUUGGUCUACCAACCUUAGUUUUUAUUUUGGUACCAAACGUUGCGGUAGUAGUUGCUUUGUUAUUGUAAUAAUUUGUAUACGCCAAAAUCAAAAUAUUUUCAAAUACAUAAAAUGUUUAAUUUGAUGGUUAAAAAACUUAAAAUCGUAGUCUUUGCAUGUGAGAAAAAUGACUAUUUUUUUUUUUUGAGUCUUUUAAUCAACAACUUUAAAUAAAAUAAAAGACCCUUUUUUCUCUUUCCUAUAAUUUGAUCAUCAAAGUCUUCUCAUUUUUGUUAGAACAGAUGGAAAUAAAAACCUCAAAUCAACAUCCACAGAUAACAAACCCAACAUUACACUACUUGUUCUUCUCUCAUCAAACUUCCAAACCCAGAAUUCUCUUCAGAUUAAGAGAGAGAAACCAUGAGGUUGAGGAACAAAGUAGCUCAACUUUCCACAACUAAAAAACUCAUCUUCUCCUUAGUAUUUCUCUUCUUCCUCAUUCUCGUAUUCAGAUCAAACUUCUCUUCUCCAACCACAGUUGUCUCAAAUUCAAAUCAAAAGACUCCUACAACGUCUACAGUAGUAAAAACCACAAACGACGACUGUACUCCCAACAGUACUAUAACCAAUGCUUCCCCAGUACAAACAUGCAUCAAAACGCCGUCGUCUCUGGCCAACGCACUGGUCCACUACGUCACCUCCAACAUAACCCCACAACAGACCCUCAAAGAAAUUUCAGUCUCGAUGAGAAUCCUCGAGAAGAGGUCGCCAUGCAACUUCCUCGUCUUCGGGCUAGGCCACGACAGCCUCAUGUGGGCCGCCCUCAACCACGGCGGCCGCACGGUCUUUCUCGAGGAAGACAACUCUUGGAUCGAGCAAAUACGGCGUCGUAUGCCGGGUCUGGAGUCGUACCACGUGGAAUACGACACCAAAGUCCACCAGGCCGACGAGUUGAUGAAGAUCGGCACUGACGAGGCCGGGGAGGAGGGCUGUCGAGUCGUGGGGGACCCGCGAUUCUCCACGUGUCGCCUCGCGCUUAAGAAUUUUCCCAGUGACGUGUACGAUACCGAGUGGGACCUGAUUAUGGUCGACGCGCCUACCGGGUAUGUUCCCCACGCGCCGGGAAGGAUGACGGCUAUAUACACGGCGGGGCUCAUGGCGAGGAAUAGGGAGAGCGGCGAGACUGACGUGUUCGUCCAUGACGUGGAUCGGCCCGUAGAGGAUAAAUUCUCUAAGGCUUUUCUUUGCCAAGGGUACUUGACUCAACAAGAAGGCAGGCUGAGGCAUUUCACUAUUCCUAGCCACAGAGCCCGUCUCGGUAGACCAUUUUGCCCUUGAGAUAGAGUUGACUAUUCAAGAAAACACAUUCUGAGCGUGACUAGACCCUUUCUGAGAGUGAUCGGGUCAAGGCUGAGGUGAUUGUGCUGGAGUCCAAGCUCGGAGCAACACCAAAGAAGCUAGCCAAAGCCCAGGGCAAGGCUCAGGGCUAACGAGGACCAACCGAGAGGAGUUUGAUCGAGAGAAAGUCAAGUCGAACCAGUGCAAUGAGAGGCACUUGAGGAGAACACAAUCGAGGACGACAUGCACCAUAUCAGCCCAUGUCAAGGGAGUGGUUCCCGAGGACACUACAUAACACUACAUAGUGCCACCAGCUCGGUACCCAUCAAUCCAAGACCAAGGGUAUCUAAGGGUAUGAUUGGUUGAGAAUUCAAAUAGUAUUUUAAGUUUUUGAAUACUUAUAAUAUAAAUGGGUCCACAUGAUAUUUGAUUGGUAUAUGAUUUUCUAAAACAAACUCAUA